CUCACGGCGGAAGAUCCCGGCCCCGGGGGGGGGCCGCCGUGAGUUCCCCACGCGUGUCGUGACAGCGACGUCAUGAGCGGGUCCUUCGCCCCGGCCCCGGUCCCCGCGGCUUGGAAAGUCCUGCUGCUCUGCCUCGCAGCCCCCGGGUCCCUGGCGGGGGUGCUGGAGAUGGAACGCAGCAUCACCGCGGUGCUGGGCAAGGACGUGGUGCUGCCGUGCCGUUAUCAGGCGCAGGAGGGCGAGAAGGUGGUGCAGGUGACGUGGCUGAAGCAGGGCACUGAUGGGCAGAACGUGGAGAUCGCGGUGCUGAACUCGGAGUAUGGGGAGCACGUCCAGGAGCCCUAUGCGGGGCGGGUGCUGCGACGGGUGCCAGGGCCGCUGGAGGACGGCGCCAUCGUGCUGAAGAACGCCGUGCAGGCUGAUGAGGGCGCCUACGAAUGCCGCCUCAUUACCUUCCCCUCGGGCAACUUCCAGGGCAGCAUGACGCUCAGCGUGCUGGUGCCCCCGCUGCCAACCCUGAACCCUGGCCCCCCGCUGGAGGAAGGGCAGGGGAGGACGCUGGCCGCCUCCUGCACGGCCGAGGGCAACCCCAUGCCCACCGUGACCUGGGAGACGCAGGUGCAUGGCACCAACAGCACCCGCCAGUCCUUGCACCCCCGCUCGGCCUCCGUCACCAGCGAGUUCUUCCUGGUGCCCGGGCGCAGCAUGAACGGCAAGACGCUCACCUGCGUCGUCAGCCACCCGGGGCUGCUGCACGAGAAGAGGAUCACCCACGUGCUGAGUGUCGCCUAUCUCUCGGACGCCUCAGUGCGAGGGCACGAGGAGGAGGAGGACUGGCAGGCGGGCAAGGAGGGCGUCUCGCUGAAGUGCCUUGGCGAGGGCAACCCCCCACCCACCUACAACUGGACCCGGCUCAACGGCCCCAUGCCCGAAGGAGUGAAGGUCAAGGGGGCCACCCUCCUCUUCCAGAGACCCCUCACCCCCGACGACACGGGCGUCUACAUCUGCCAGGUCGCCAAUAGGUUUGCGGCCAAGGAAGUUCGGGCCAGCAUCAGCAUAAAAGCAGAGAGCGAGCUGCAGAAGGUGAAUGUGGUCUCGGCCUCGGUGGUGGUGGUGGGCGUCAUCGCGGCCGUGCUGCUCUGCCUGCUGGUCCUGGUCGUCGUGCUCAUGACCCUCUACCACCGACGGAAAACCAGGCGCAUCUCUGAGAAAUAUGAGGAGGAGCUGACCCUAACAAGGGAGAAUUCCAUCCGGCGCCUGUACUCCAGCCACAGUGCCAGCACCCGGAACCAGACAGAGGAAACCCUGCACCUGCGGGGGGACAGCCGGCAGGGAAGCCUGCGGGGGGACAGCCUGCGCGGCACCAGCAUCUGCUCCGUCAUGAGCGAGGAGGCAGAAGGGCGCAGCUACUCCACCCUGUCGACGGUGCGGGAGAUUGAGACGCAGACGGAGCAGCCCCCGGCCCCAGCGCCCACCCCGGAGGAGGAGAAGGAGGACAAGGAGAAAGAGAGGGAGGAGGAAGAGGAGGAGGAGCGAGAGGAGAACACCAUCAAGGCAGCCAUGACCCACUUCGUGCAGGAGAACGGCACUCUGCGGGCCAAGCCCACCACCAACGGCAUCUACAUCAAUGGGCGAGGCCACCUGGUGUGAGCCCAGGGCCACAGGCACAGACUGGCCUGGUGCCGCGCAGGGCCGGAUCCUGGACACGUGGAUGCCCCUUGCAGCCUGCCAGCCCCUCCCACUGGGACUGACCCACUGAGCCCUUGUACAGAUAGUCUGCCCCAGCUCUGGAUUUCUGGGGAGGGCGGAUCAGGUUCACUAUGGGGCAAAAGGGCCCCUGGCCAAUGGGGGGUCCCCUGCCCCCCACGUUGGUCCUUGCUUCAUGCAACAGCCUCCUAGCUUCUCUGCAUGGGAUGUUUCCUGGCUGGUCCCGAGCGCCCCAUGCUGCUCACAAGUCAGCUCCUCCCUCCAACCCUUGCCACAGUGGGGCUGGAGGAUGUGGUACCUGCCGGCCCUGUCCUCUCUAUCCCCAGAGGCAGGACUAGCCACAAUCGGCUCUGACGGCUUGGGGGGCUGCCUACAUCCCGACGGGGGGUAACGACUGUGGGAUCAGAGGUGGGGAGGGCACUUUACGCUGCCUCUUGUAGGGGGCGCUGUCAGAGCCAUUGCAUGUGACCCCGGUGGCACUUGGAGACGUGCCCCCCAGCACGGUGUGAGGGUGGGACCCCAGCCCUCUGUCGAGUCUGUCCUCUGGGCGACCCUGGGGACAGGCCGCCCCAUGCUGCUCCCCUGAGAGCCCCCGGCUUCCUGUGCCAUUCCUGGGAUGUCUCCGUGCUCUGCGGUGCCCACCAAUGGCCGCGGGCGGACUGGCGUCGAGGGCAAGUGACCAUGCAGACACCCCAGCAGGGGCACUUGGGGGCGGGGGAAUCGGCGCCACCUGCGGGGCAAGAAGAACCCAAGCGCCUGCUUCAACCCCAUGGACACAGCCCGCCCCAUGGGGCUCGGCAUCUUGGCAUGAUGGGUGCGGCGCCCCUGUGGCUGUGAUGAACACUGGGGUGUGGGAGGGUCUGAACCAAGACUGAGGGACCCAGACAGACCCUGUGGUUCUUUCGGCCCUCUAGCUUCCUGCCUGGGUCCCACAGCUACAGAUGGGGCUGCUGAGAACACUGGAGAGCGCUGCCCCCCUGGCCUCACCAGCUCCCCAGCGCCACGGGACCCGGCCCCAGGAGCUAAUCUGGGCCCAGCUGGGGUUCAGGGGUGCUUGCCCUGGGUGGUUUAAUGGAGGUAAAACUCCUCUGGUCCUGGGAUGGGGAGCGGGGCUCUGAGGGUCUCCAAAUACUUUGAGAGGGUUUGAGUUCACCAAAGGUUUUUUUCCUGGUUGUUUAAAGCCAUGGGGCUUCUCCCUCCCCCACCCCAGUGUAAUGCACAAGUAUUUUAAACCCUUGGGUUAGUGAAAGGGGCAGCCCCACCCCCCCCACAGCCAAGCCUCACGCUGUGUGCCUAUGCGGUCGGGAGCAGGGAUUGAACUGGGGACCUGCAGAGCUAACAGGCCGAGUGUGAACCGAAAGACGAAGGCCCCUGAGCAGCAUCAGGCACUGCACGGCCAGGCCCAGCAGCUGGGGGUGGGUGACACUCCCUGAGUUACACAGCUGGGCUGGGUUUGAAUCUUCCCCUGGGGUUUCUCUCCUUGGCAGAGUACAAACAGGCUGAGCCCCAGUGGGACCCCUCCCCAGCAGGUUUGAACCUGGGCCCAGCGCAUUCUCCCAGGCCUGGUGCACAUAGCCCCAUGGCCAGAUCAUUGCACUCCCGGGUCCCACUCUCCUCUGUGCCCACACAGGGUGCUGGCAUUGGCAGAGCAGCUGGGGUUGAAAGCCCGAGGGCUGUCCCUGCCCAGAAAUGGCCUUAUUCCUGUUGGGGUAGGGGCCUGUUGGCAGGCCCAACACUCACGGGGGGUGAAGUUUUUGUAAGGGGGGAAAGUUGGUCCAUUUGUCUAAUUCCAACGAUGGUUCGGUGGCCCUUCAGCGGAUGCUGGGCCACGGUUCCCCCAAGGUGGCCCCACCCUGCUCCCCUUGGAUUCGGUGGCAACCUCUCCCCCAUCUAGUCAUUGGCAAAGAGGCGGGUUCAUCCCCAUGGGAUGCUGAUGCUGCAGGUCUGCACAGGAGGGCAACUCGUGGCUCCACCAAGGGACCAACCGGAGCCUUGCCAUUGACAUCCCCCCACCCCCAACCCCCGGGUUUUGGAUCAGGAUCUGUGUCCUCUUUGCCUCACGUCCAAUAUUUUGGGGAGUGCCCCUCCAGAGCAGACCCCGUCCCUGACAGCGGGAAGUACGGUGACCAGACAGCAAGUGUGAAAAAUUGGGAUGGGGGUGGAGAGUAAUAGGAGCCUGUAUGAGAAAAAAAAACCAAAAUUGGGACUGUCCCUAUAAAAUAGAGACAUCUGGUCACCCUAACGGGAGAGCACAUGUGGCCUGGAAGCGUGGCUGGGCUUAGCAUCAGGCUGGGUGGAACCUCCCGCAGCGUGAUGGCCAUGGAAGGGCACCGGGGACGGAUUUGGAUCCUGGUCCCUGGUGGUGGGUACCAGGAAUCAGACCAAGAUACUCCAGGCCUAGUCUGGCCUGGUGUGGAAUGCUGCUGCUCCCUGGUGGCAAUAUUUAUAACGUUUUUAUGUAUAGUUUAUUUUUCUGUUUUGCUGCCCCUCCAUGGGCCACUCUCAUGGCAAGAAAGACCUAGGGUGGUGGGGUCUAAAGCAAUGAGUGUCAGCCUAACCCAGCUCCGAGGUAAAACCCCUGCUGGCUUCAGCAGGGGUGGAGUUAGGCAGGACUAGUGCCAAUGUUUUUGGCGUCCUAGGCGCAUGGCCGUUUUGCCGCCCCGCGCGCUGCUCCCGCAGCUCCGGUGGACCUGCCACAGGCGUUCCUGUGGAGGGUCCGCUGGUCCCGCGGCUCCGGUGGAGCUGCCGUGGGCGUGCCUGCGGGAGGUCCACCGGAGCCGUGGGACCAGCAAACCCUCCGCAGGCACACCUGUGGCAGGUCAACUGGAGCCGCCUGCUCCCACCCCCCCACGGCAAAAUGCCGCCCCCCAAUAAUCCUGGCGCCCUAGGCGAUUGCCUAGGUCGCCUAAAUGGAAGCGCCGGCCCUGGAGUUAGGGCUCCAAGAAAGUCCUGCUCAGUACACAGGUAAUGCUCCCUAUCUGCCUGGCCAGCAUGACGAGAUGCAGGGGCCAGGCCCUAGCGGUGCUGAGAGAGGUGGGAAAGUGGAGGAGUGGGGAUGGGGCUUUUUCACGCUGUAGAAACAGAGGGUUUUCUGUGUUGGCUCAGACGCCUGGCCCGUCUCAUCAGGUCUCCUCACCCCCCUGUGAGAUUGGACCAGACCACGGGUUUGUCUAGGCCCCAAUCCAAAGCCCACCAAAGUCAAUGGGUGUCUUUCCAUUGACUUCUGGGACUAUUGGCGCAGACUUCAUGUCCCGCAUCCCACUUCCACCAAUGGCCAAUACCUGAUCCUUCAGCUAAAGGCAAGCCCUGGUGCUAGUAGCUGGCUUUGCCAUGCCCCCGGCCCCCUGCCGUCUGGUGCCCCAAAGCUGAGAUUGGUUCUUACCUUCAAACUGGCUUGCGAAAGGAAAGAAAAUCAGGUUUUAAAAAAAUCCCAAAGGUGCAAUUUGGAGUCCUGUCUCCAAGGCCACCAGCGGCAGAGAGACACAGACAAACAGGCUGGCUGCCAGCAUCCAUCUCGCUGAGCCUGGUUUUGCCAGGUUUGGCAGGGAAGGAAAUACCCAUCUCCUGAGAGCGACGCUGGGCACGAGCCCAGGUCGAUUUCAGAGGGGGAGGGAUGGUUUGAUUGUGUUGUAUUUUUGAUUCCAAGGGAUCUGGGGGUAGUCUCUGGAGUUAGCGGAGGGGAUUCCAUGUUCUGUAAAUGUGUGUGUAUAUAGAGCCCCCUAUCUAUGUGUAUAUAGAUGUAUAUGCGCGUUCUUUUUUGUUAUAUGCACUGCUGGUUUCGUAAAUAAAUUCCC